AUGCUUACUGAUCUCUGUAACUUCGUCGUCCUCCUUUUCUUUCUGUCAAUCUUGGGCCUUCAGAGCUGCCAUGGCCGCAUCUUCAGCUUCAAGAUGCACCACCGCUUCUCCGACCCCGUCAAGGAGUGGUCGGCCAGCGCCGGGAAACUCUCGCCGCCCCACAACCUUCCGGCGAAGGGAAGCUUCGAGUACUACGCGGAAUUGGCCCGCCGCGAUCGCUUUCUUCGCGGCCGCAAGCUCGCCCAGAGCGACCAGAGCGACACUACUACUCCGCUAGCUUUCUCUGAUGGCAACUCGACUUUUCGGAUCAGCUCCUUGGGAUUCCUGCAUUACACCACGGUGCAAUUGGGUACGCCGGGAAUGAAGUUUAUGGUGGCGCUUGAUACAGGGAGUGAUCUGUUUUGGGUGCCUUGUGAAGGCACAGCUUAUGCUCCUGAUUUUGAGGUUAGCAAAUAUGACCCUGAAGGGUCGUCAACAAGCAAAAGAGUCAGUUGCAACAACAGUUUGUGUGCACACCGUAAUAGAUGUAUGGGUUCAUUCAACAAUUGCCCUUACAUGGUCUCUUAUGUCUCAGCUGAAACUUCUACUUCUGGGAUAUUGGUAGAGGAUGUUCUGCACCUAAAAACAGAAGAUAGUCACCGGGAACUUGUUGAGGCAUACGUUACCUUUGGUUGUGGACAGGUGCAAAGUGGUUCUUUCCUGGAUGUUGCAGCACCUAAUGGUUUGUUUGGGCUUGGUAUGGAGAAGAUUUCUGUUCCUAGUAUUUUGUCCCGGGAAGGCUUUACAGCCGAUUCUUUUUCCAUGUGUUUUGGACAUGAUGGGGUUGGGAGAAUUAAUUUUGGUGACAAGGGGAGUCCUGACCAGGAAGAGACCCCAUUUAAUGUCAACCCGUCACAUCCAACCUAUAACAUCACCGUAACUCAAAUUCGAGUGGGAACAGAUCUUAUGGACAUUGACUUCACAGCUCUUUUUGAUUCUGGGACGUCUUUCACAUACUUGGGUGACCCAACUUAUACAAGGCUUUCAGAGAGUUUCAAUUCAAUGGCUCGAGAUAAGCGUCGUCCACCUGACCCAAGGAUCCCAUUUGAAUAUUGUUAUGAUAUGAGUUCUGAUGCAAAUGCUAGUUUUAUACCUAGUCUAAGUUUAACCAUGAAAGGUGGGAGCCAGUUUGCAGUAUAUGAUCCGAUUAUUGUCAUCUCCACCCAGAGCGAGCUGGUAUAUUGCCUGGCUGUUGUCAAGAGUACGCAACUAAAUAUAAUUGGACAAAACUUUAUGACUGGCUACAAUGUUGUAUUUGACCGAGAGAAAUUCGUUUUGGGCUGGAAGAAGUUUGACUGUUAUGACGUUGAGAACCAUACUAGCUUGCCUUUUAAACCUAAUUCUACCAAUGUGCCUCCUGCUGUUGCUGUUGGACUAGGUAACCAUUCUACUCCAGAAUCAACGAAAAAGACCCGGAAUAGUCAGACUUCAGCUGCAUCUCUGCCUUACCAUAGCCAUUUUCCUCUGACUUGGUUUCGUUCCACAGGUUAUAAGAAUUUAGAUCAAAUCCCUUCAUCGUGUAUUAAUGGAUCAAGAGAUCCUGUUCUUUGGAUAGACAGUUACACAAUAUAUGAUACUACAUGUUUCAGUCAUUAUAAUGUCUAA